CGCACCAAUGACUAAGUCAAGUUUCGACAUAAAUUAAACCGCGCACCAAUGACUAAGUCGGUAUGGAGUUCGAACAAAUCAGUAUUUGCCAUGACAUUAAGAACAUGUAACGAACCAGAUGACACUGAACCAACUGAAACCAGAAGACGUUAGUCCGCAACCGAAGGAUUCAAAAGUGCAAAGCCAACAGACUGAAUCGGAAUACACCAUCCAGAGACACAUAACAUUAACAAUUUUCUUAUAUCCUCAGAAAGGCAAAGAAACCGGAGGAAGCCACAAAUGAUGUUCAUAGCACAGCCUGCAUCAAUCAAGCACACUGCCAAAACAGCCAGGCCAAGCUGCCCACAUGAAAAAUAAAACACCAUUGUUCUCAGGCCACUUCCAUGGCACUAUCGAUCGCGCUCCUCGUCGAAUCGAUCCCCAAAACCAUCAUACAUCAGUUAUGGUUUAAGCAAUUACACAUAGUUCUUCUUCAUCCGCUUUCUGGGUUUCCCACAGCAGUCUGGUAAAAACGAGUUUUGCUUCACUUCACCCCUCAACAAGGAUAUAAAACUCUCCACGCAGUGAAACACACUACGAACGAUUCUGCCUCUGACGGAAGCUCACCGAUCUGAUCCCUCCACCUGCCUCGGACCCACCGCUGCCUUGCUGGUAUGUGGGCCCCCAGCCUGAAUCUCUAUCAGGAUGGCUGUUGUUCAAAGGGAACAAUGGCUCCCAUGCCCGGAACCCAGUCCGGGACGAAGCAUUCUCCGGCUCUUGGUAGCUCCGCCCUGAUGAUGUCGUCCCUGCUGACGGGAAGAAGUAAAACCCAGCCUGGUCGGGCGUCGGUGGGAUCACUCGCGACAGUCCCCUGUGGCUGCUGCUGCUCGGUCUUCGUGCUGAGGUGGCAAUCAGGGGAGGAGCAUGAAUCGGUGGGGAGCUCCCGGGCUGUUGUUGAUAGUAGUCCUGAAGAGCUUGAACUCGAUCGCGUGCCCUUGCAUUGCUGCCUUGAUAAGUUGGAGUGCCCGAAGGAGGCACUGAGCUUCCGGCUCUGGCACCAGAACUGUAAGUAGUAUAAAAAUGGAUAAUGAAAGACUCAGUUAACUGAAGAAGAAGAAGAAACAAUUGUUUGUGAAGCCAAACCUAAAAUUCAAACAAACUCAGUACACACUACUCAUAGGGAGUAAAAAAUAAACCAAAGCUAUAUUAAGAUAUUCAUUCACAGAAGUUCCAAACCUUAAGAAGACAAAUCCAGCCGAGAGGAAUCAAUAGCAGAAGUUGUC